AUGUCUGCGAAGCUGGGCGAGCUGAUCGCAGAAGCGGGAUAUGCUGAGAUGUAUGGAGUAGAGCUGUCUGCCCCUGCUGAAGAAGGAAAACCCGCACCCUUCAGCACCCUCCUCAUCCUUCAAAAGUUCCUCCGCGCAAACCAAGGCCAAGUCAACAAAGCAAGCGAACAAUUGUUAGGAGCACUGAAAUGGCGCAAAGAGUUCAAGCCGCUGCAAGUCAUGAAGCAAGUGUUUGACAAGACGAAAUUCCAAGGCUUGGGAUACGUGACGCACCUCAAGAAUGUACCCGGCAGUCCCAACGACGAGGACAUAGCAACCUUCAACGUCUACGGCGCAGUAAAAGAUACGAAAAAGACAUUUGGCGAUCUAGACGAAUUCAUCCGCUGGCGCGUAGCCCUGAUGGAGUUGACAAUCUCCUCCCUCUCCCUCUCGACAACCUCCACUCCAAUCCCCGACUACACCAAAGGCCCCGACCCCCACCUCGCCUUCCAAAUCCACGACUACCUGCGCGUCUCCUUCCUCCGCCAACCGCCAGAAGUAAAAGCCGCCUCCCAAGCAGCCAUAAAGCUCUUCACCGCCCACUACCCAGAAACUUUAAGCGUCAAAUACUUUGUCAAUGUACCGUUGGUCAUGCAAUGGAUGUUUGGAGCCAUGCAGGUGUUUAUGGCUAAAGAGACGGUGGCCAAGAUGCAGUGGAUGAGCUAUGGCGAGGAGUUGCACAAGUAUCUUGGUGAUGGGGUGGGGAAGGCGUAUGGUGGUCAGGGGCCUGAGUUGGAGGAAAACAGCGUCACGCCAUCGUAUGAGCAGCAGCGCUCUGGAGAUGCUGUUGCUGAUGCUGCUGCUGCCAAGGAGAUGGCUAUUUGA